AUGGAGGGCGUCUACCCUUCCUCCCCUCAUUCCCUCCCCUCAUCCCGAGCUGAGGAUCCUCCCCCACCUAUCGUGGACGCUUUAGUGCUCCCUCGCUUAGACCCUCUUGCGCUUACGCCUCCUCUUCCCCUACCCCCACCCCACCCACCUCCGCCAUCCCUGUCCUCAUCGCAUCCACUCUCCCCAUCACUACCCUCAAAGCGUGUACCUCCUUCUCUACCCGCCAAGUAUCCUCCUCCCCAUCGUCACCAUGCCAAGAGCUCCCCGCAAUGCGUCCUCCGCAGAAAGGCCGGCUCAGAGUGCGACAUAUGCGGCAUAGUCGUGUCUCGGGCCGCCGACAUGCCUCGCCAUAAGUUGGUGCACAAUCCUGACAGUGAAGCUAUGAAGUUCCCUUGCCCCUUCCCAGGGUGCACAUACAGAACCCUCCAGGCAGGGAACCUGAAACCACACAGCCAGAAACAUACGCACAAGACGACUCCGUUAGUCUGCGACCAUGUCGUGUUCAGUAACGAGAGCUUCGAGAUGUGCCCCUUCCAGACCGGGGACCAGAACGAGCUCACGGAGCACAGAAGGUCCGCACACGGCUGCAGGGCCAAGUGCGCCAAGGACAACGCUGGGAAAGAAUUCAUCUACCAGCUCGAAUUUGACUUCGGCUUCGACGAUGACGUCGAGAACGUCGGUUUCGAGUAUAAUUUCGACGGUGCUGCCUCCAAGCCUGAGGACGUCGAGCCCCAGGCUGAGGACGAUGUCGAUGCGAAGAUCAAGGCCAAGGUCGCCGCAGCCCGUUCCACCAAGGCCCAAUCGAAGGCCAAGAAGCAGGGCCGCGCAGCGUCCCCCAUGCCUUUGGCUACCGCCAAGAACACGAAAAAGGCCGCCGCUGCACCGGUGUACUUCAUCAAAGAUGACCCCGACCUCUACAGGUCGUACCUCGCGUCAUCGUCCAUCGCCCCAUCGUCCAUUCCCGCAUACCCGUUCGCGGCUUCCGCCCCGUCGAAGUCGGAACAGUACACUCACACUCCCAUGUCAUCCACCCUGCAGGACUAUGAGUCUUCUGCCGUGUCGUCUAACAAUCAGCAACCCGUCAUCCCACUUCCCGUCAUUGAGCCAUUCAUCCAACACCACUACCUUCCUCAAGCUCCCGUUGCCGAGCAAUUGAUCCAGCAACAAUACAUGCCCGUCCCACCGGCGGAUCCAUAUUACUGCAUCGAGGCAUCCAUCCCUGCCUCCGCCCCUAUACCCAUGCCGCAAGUAUUCUUGCCAGAAGAUGCCCUCUGCGGCGGGCACUUUGCCUCGUCUCUCAACCCCGUUGUCCAGCCCGAGACCUACGGUCCUUGGGCCAGCUUUUCCACCGAGAGUGGGAAUAGCGAUGUUAGUGCAAGCAACGGCUUCGAUGCCGGCUUGGCCGGCAUGAGCUAUAGCAGCGGCAGCAACAUCGCAGCUAUGACAUAUGCCUCCGGCAGCAACGCUGCCGCCACCAACUACGACGGCGGUGGUGACUGCGCCAGCACCAGCUACGCCAGUGGCGAUGCGAACGGCUAUGCCAACAUCCCCUACAAUGGCGGCAGCCAAUAUACCCCUGACAACUCGGACACUGCUUUUCUCGCCAACUUGGAUAACUAUACUCGCAAUGGCUUUGAUAACUAUACCCCCGCCAACGCGAACGAUGAUACCCCCGCCAACUUCCAUGACGAUACCCUCGCCCACUUCAACGAUACCCUCGUCCACUUCAACGAUACCCUCGCCCACUUCAACGAUACCCGUGCACACUUCAACGAUACUCUCGCCCACUUCAGCAACGAUAACUCCGCCUGGGUUAACGACAGCGGCUACUCGUCGACAGCCUGGACCUCAGACGGCAGCUUCUCGUCAACAGACUUGUCGUUUGACUCGUUGUCCACGCUUCCCCAGCCUCCUGUCACCUCGGACGUUAUGCUGGACAACGAUAGCUACAGCAUGUACGAAGGACUAUUAGGCGACCAUCCGGAUGGUGCUCUCAACGGAUAUGCGCAACAAAACGCCAUCCCGAUGUUUGAUGUACAUCCGGCUCCUAUCUAUCCGGACGGCGUUGAGCUGGGACGCGACUCCCCUGUCCGGAGCCCCGUCAAUAGCGGCAGCUACCUCGAUCAUAUGUUGUCCUUCCCGUAUGCGUCACCCACCAUGGGCGCGAUUGCACCGCCACUAACGCCCCCGGCGGCUACACCCAGCCAAUUUAUGGCCAUGCUGGCGUCGCCGCUGCCAGAGUGGGGGUGCAGCCAGUCGGAGCUCUUCGGCGUCUUUGGCCUUUAA